ACGACUCUAAAGAUGGCACGUUGCACCAAACAUAAUCAACAUCAAACCAAUGGCAUCUUCACACCACUCACACUACUACUUUCCAGAAAAUUCGUUUUGUACGAGUAAAUCUUGAUCGUUGAUUUUAGAUUGUUUUUCCCUUUAUUCCCCAAUAUAUUUGGAGUUUGUAGCAACACAAAUCUAACAAAUGAUCGAUCACCAUGGGGAGGAGACCAGCUAGAUGUUAUCGCCAAAUCAAAAACAAACCGUACCCAAAAUCGCGAUUUUGUCGCGGUGUCCCCGAUCCAAAGAUCAGGAUAUAUGAUGUGGGAAUGAAAAAAAAGGGUGCGGAUGAACUCCCCUUUUGUGUUCAUCUAGUAAGUUGGGAAAAAGAAAACGUGUCAAGUGAGGCGCUAGAAGCUGCGCGAAUCGCUUGUAACAAGUACAUGACUAAACACGCGGGCAAAGACACUUUUCACUUGCGGGUUCGGGUCCAUCCGUUCCAUGUGUUAAGGAUCAACAAGAUGUUGUCAUGUGCUGGAGCUGAUAGGCUCCAAACGGGUAUGCGUGGCGCGUUUGGGAAACCGCUAGGGACGUGUGCUCGCGUUGCCAUUGGUCAGGUGCUUCUUUCGGUUCGGUGCAAGGAUCACCAUAGUCACCAUGCUCAGGAGGCUCUUCGUCGUGCCAAGUUCAAGUUUCCGGGUCGCCAAAAGAUCAUUGUCAGCAGGAAAUGGGGGUUCACAAAGUUUACACGCGAAGACUAUGUCCGGUGGAAGAAGGAGAAUCGGAUUAUGCCAGAUGGUGUCAAUGCCAAGCUUCUUGGGCGACAUGGACCAUUAGCCAAUCGUCAACCGGGAAGGGCCUUUUUAACUUCAACCACUUGAUUGCGAGAAGUUGAAAAUUAAAGAUUACGGAUUGAACUUGGGUUCUCUCUCUAUGGUGUGGUAUGAACACCUUUGAUAUUAUAAUAAUAAUUAAUAUAUGCUAGAGCUAAUAGCUAGUGUAUGAGAGAAUAAUUUGAUAAUGUGGCAAAUCUUUUCCCUUUAGUUUGAGUACAUAUGGGGAUGAUCGAUCUAUUGUUUCAUAAUGAUAGAGGAUGCCUCAUUAUCAUAUAUUAUAUAUAUUAAUAACGUUUGUAAUCGUGAUUGAGACUAUUUGAAUUGUUGUUCACAUUUGAUCCUAAUGUUAUUAUACUUUUAUCA